AUAACUUAUUACGCUUAUCUUAUUACUUUUUGGGAAUCGAGAUCCGAGACUUCGAAAAGAUCCAGCAUCUGCCAUUCAGAAUUCUGGAUAUAUAUUAUAUCUUAUUCAUUAAUUUAAGUGACCAACUAUACGAGUGUUUUCAGACUCCAGCCUUUUAAUUUGCACUCUAAGUCAACCGGAACAUCAAAUAUUUCACUUUUUUUACUCUUAAAUCAUGACGUCGAUAUUGCGUCAAAUUAUAAACAUCAAUAAAACGACAAGAAUUAACUCACUUAUUACUUAUAAACAAUUUCUAACUACUAAAUCUGAUGAUCCAAUCCAAUCGCAUAUAGGAAAGUUAGUGAAGGGUAACAAAAUUGUUGUCUUCAUGAAAGGUGUUCCACAAGCUCCUAGAUGUGGCUUUAGUAAUGCAGUUGUCGAUAUUUUAAAUAUUCACAAAGCUAAAUUUGAAGCUCAUGAUGUACUGAUUGAUGAAAAUCUUAGAAAUGGAAUAAAAGAAUACUCCAACUGGCCUACAAUUCCUCAAGUUUUUAUAGAUGGAGAAUUCAUUGGUGGUUGUGAUAUUAUGUUGGAAUUGCAUAGGUCAGGUGAAUUAGAUAAAAUACUAGAUAAAAACACUCAAGAAAAUCCUGUAGCAUAAAUUGGUUAAAGUGUUAUUAAAUGAUUUAAGAAUAAUGUAGUUUAAUACUUAUUGAAUAAACAAUAAAAGAGUGAAAUGUAUUGUUAUAAAUUAAUGUGUUUAAUUUAAAUUAAAUGUCUUGAUCAAUUU